ACUGAACUUGUCACAAAAAUAUAUAAAACUUUUUCUCAAAAUUCUUUUUGUAAAACGUGCCUAAACACAUACAUUUUUUUAUAUUUUAUUCUGCCCUGUUGCCUCGGCGAAUAACAGGCAGUCCAGUGUCGCGACCCGAUUGCGAAACAACGAGAGAGAGAAAUAUAAAUAUCAUUUCACACUCACGAACGGUGACGAAAACGCCAACGACGCUUGCAUAAUGAAAAUCUGGACGUCCGAGCAUGUCUUCAACCAUCCGUGGGAGACGGUUACACAGGCGGCAUGGCGCAAAUAUCCAAAUCCCAUGACACCCUCAAUCAUUGGCACCGAUGUGGUUGAGCGCAGAGUAGUUAACGGUGUGCUACACACACAUCGAUUGGUUCAAUCCAAAUGGUAUUUUCCGAAGUGGACGCACGCGUUAAUUGGCACCGCCAAGACGUGCUUUGCCAGCGAACGCUCCACAGUGGAUCCUCAGCGCAAGCAGAUGGUCUUAAAGACAAACAAUUUAACAUUUUGCCGUAACAUAAGUGUCGACGAGGUGCUCUACUAUGAGCCGCAUCCCACUGAUUCGAGCAAGACCCUGCUCAAGCAGGAGGCGACAGUAACUGUCUAUGGUGUCCCACUAUCACACUAUAUGGAAGAUUUACUGACCUCCACAAUCAGUUCGAAUGCGGGCAAGGGCCGUCAAGGCCUCGAAUGGGUAAUUGGCCUCAUCAAUACGGAAGUGAAGAGCAUCGCCGAUUCGGCUGCACGCGGCACAGACGAACUAAUACACAGUACGCGGCGAUCCAUCGACGAGGUCACAGAGAGUGCGCGAAAGAGUAUGGACGAGAUUGGUGCCCAGGCAGCCAAGGCGGCGAAAGCAAUGCACAUAACAUAGAUGUAUAUGGAAAGGCGGUCAUCUCCAUGCGUAUGUGGGGACUGUUGGGCGUAGUGAAUAGGAAUUUACCGUAGUAGGCGCAACGUCGGGUACGCUGCUUUGUAGUACAGCAACAGCAACAACAACAACAACAACAACAAUAACAAUAACAAAUAAACGGAACAUAGAUACAUUAACAACAACAACAACAACAAAGCAGCAAACGAACAAUAAGAAUAUUCAAUUACAAUAUUUUCUCCUUGCAAAAUGGCAAGCGAAAUAUUUUAUUCGUCUGCUUUAAUAUAUUUUUUGUAAAGCAAUUAGAAAAGAAAAAGCAAAUUGAAAAAAUCGAAAAAAAAAGAAGGAAAUGUGGAACUUUUCCCAUGGUUAUCAGUCAAGUGCGCGUUGGUUUUUUUUUUUGUUUUUUUUUUUGUUUAGAUUGGGCCAAUGUACAAAGCCGAUAAGGCAGGCAGCCAGGCAAUGACAAGAUCCGCGCAACAACACCAACAUCAGCAUAGUAGCAAAUUUAUUUAUUUAAAAAUAAAUAUAUAUAUACAUAUAUAGUUUGUAAUAUGCAGAAAAUUUUAAGAAACCAAAAUCGAAAAAAAAACCACAUAAAUCGAGCACUAAAUAAAUGUCAACAAAACGCUCAAGAAAAAUACAUAUUCAAGUACAAA